UUCGUUGUUGUUGUUGUUGUUUGAGUGCAAAUAAAAUAUUCGUUGCAUUUCACAAAGCAAAAUUGUGACGAGCACAAGACCCAAAAAAAAUGAAACUGAAAAUUUUAAUUUUUUCCUUAUUUUUCUUUAUAAUUUCAUCAUCAUCACCAUCAUUAUCUGUACAACAACAGGAUCAAUUCAAAUUCAAACGUGUUUGUUAUCUACGACCAGAAGCGAAUUUUCCAAUCGAUCGAAUUAUUGAACAAAAUCUUUGUACCCACAUUAUUAUUGCAUUCGUUUCAAUCGGUGAACAAUCAGAAUUAUCAUAUGACCAGAAUGUCGCAGAUUUCAUACGAAUUUGUCGUCAAUCAAUCGAUUCGAAUGUCAUGAAUUCGAAUGUUAAAUUAAUGUUUUCAAUCGGUGGUGGUGGAGCUGGUGGUUGGAAGAUGGCGUCCUCUACCGACACACGUCGUAAACAUUUUGUAAAUUCAAUUCUACAAUUCAUACGUGAAUAUCAAUUGGAUGGUGUCGAUAUUGAUUGGGAAUUUCCAGCGUGGCCAAAAAAAUUAUUCCAAUAUUUUGAACGUAAUGAUUUUAUUGAUUUAUUACAUGAAAUUCGUAAUGGUUUCAAUCAAAUGGAACAUGAAACUGGAAAACAUUUAAUAUUAAGUGCAGCGGUGGCAGCACAAUUUGUCAUUAUACAACAUUCAUAUAGAGCAAAAGAGAUGGCUAAAUUUGUUGAUUUUAUCAAUCUAAUGACUUAUGAUUAUUUUAUUUACAAAUGGUAUUUUCCUUAUGUUGGCCAUAAUAGUCCAUUACAUUCACCAUUGUUGAUACCAUUCGAUAAUGGACCGGCUAAAACAUUCACAGUGAAAUGGUCAGCAGAAUAUUGGACAAAAAUUGGUAUGCCCAAACAUAAGAUUAUGGUCGGUAUACCAACAUAUGGAAAACGUUAUAUUUUGUUCCAUGAAGCAGCCAAUUUUCCUGGCGCUAUAGCCAUAAAAGGUGAAGAUGAUAUGUCAUAUAGUGAAGUAUGUGCAUUUCUUAAACGUAAUAAUACCAUUAUGAAAUAUGAUGGUGUAGCCAAUGUACCAUAUGCAUAUAAUCAACGUGAAUGGAUUAGUUUUGAAAAUAUUGAAAGUGCAUCGAAAAAAGCCGAAUGGAUUUGUAUGAACAAUUUUGGUGGUAUUAUGAUUUUUUCAUUAAAUGCUGAUGAUUAUCGACAACAAUGUUCAUCUUCGUCAUCAUCAAUCCAGUUAUUUCCAAUACAUAUGGCCAUACGUGAUACUGUUAUUAAUAAUUAUGGUGGUGAUUAAUAAUAAUAAUUUUUUUUUCAUCACUGCUUAUCGACUGUCUGCCUGCCAGUAUCAUCAUCAUCAUCAUCAUCCACUACUAUCAAAUCCAAAUCCAAAUGAUCAAAAAUGAUUCAAUCUCAAGGCCAUAAUAAUCUCUACAUAAUCAUCGUCAUCGUCGUGUCGUGAUGUGAAAUAUAAAAUAAAAAAAAAUAAUUAGAGCAUUAUCG